CCUCGGCUUUUAUUCAUCUCAAAAGUGUUUGUUUUAGUAAUGCAUUGCUUAAUUUAUCUGUUCAAAAAGGUUUACAGCUGUCUUGUUUACGACUAAAUUUGGCAUUGUCAAUUUUUGCAACCACUGGCAGUUAUUGUUAUGUGGCAACACGGGCUCUGGGCAAAUCUCCAGUUGAAAUCUGGAACUCCUAAUUUACCAUCCUCUUACAUAACAGCCUGUUGCUAUUACGUAACAUCCAGAUCCUAGAAUCAUCCCUAGCUCAGAAACGAAGUCUACCAUUGUUAUAGAAUCAUACAGUACCCACGUAUAAAGUAGCCUCCUGGAUUCGAUCUAAUCUCGUUAAACAAUCAUUAUCUUUGUCGUUCAAAUUGAAACAAAGUUUAGUCAUUACUGUAGCUAGUCGAGUCUAAUCAGUCUUAAUAAAUAUUUUGAUCCUCCUCACAUCCGACUUCCACCUCUCAUUCAUUAUUAUCUAAGAAAAGUCGACGACUCAAAACCCGAUUUCCGCCAAUUUUUGUUUCGUCUGCUGGGUUAUCUGCUCAUAAUUUGAGAAUUUAAAAUUAUAAAUAUAAGCUGGAUUGGCGCAAUAAUUUUAGCGUUAGAUAAAAAGUUCAUCAAAAAAGCUUGAUUAGACAGGGAUCCUUUGAUACCGCAGCAAGUCUUUUUUAUUUGUCCGUGCUAGUCGGCGGAUUCAUUUAUUAUACCUAUGGACUGUUUCUUUCUUUUGGCUUUAAUGGUCAAAUUAAGUCGCAGCCAUCUUGCUUAUUAGUUACCAUGUGGUUGCGAUUGAAUUGAGGCCAUCUUAGUCUGAACUUGUUUGAACUUACUAAUUAUUUUUACGACGCUUUUCUCGAACUUUAAUAUUCAUUUGAUUGAAGGAAAUUGAACCGUACAAAUUCACCAUCUCGGAAUAGCAAUUUUCAAAAAUAUUUCUCAAACCCAAGGCGAAGAACCUUCAAGAUGAAAUAGUCAUUGAAUGUUUGGUUGAUUAAUGAUUUUCGAGUUUUGAAAUAGUAUCAAAAUUUAGCGACUAUAAAAUAAUGUAUAAAUUAUUUAUCCUUUUACCAAAUUAAAAAUUAACGAUCUCUUUUCCCGCAUAAUUUGAUUCCUGCAUAAUUUGCUGCUGAAUAUUUAAAAAAGGGAAUAAUUUGCUCAGCUGAAUUUUCAGGUUAACCAAAGCACCAAGCAUUAAGUUAAGUGACAUUAUUGCUUCCAUGGAUUCUGCCAUUUGAAAUUCCAGGUUAAACUUCCCUUAAAUUUCCAGGUUAAAAUAUUCCUAUAUUUCCCUUUUUAGUUCUACUACAAUUCUUUCCUUCCCGCUAGUAAGUAAAUUUCACAAAUCAUUCCCCGAUUUCAUUUCAUUUAACCCUCAAUACUUCAUUUAGCGUUGUGUUAUUGUUACUACUGACUGCAACAUGGCUACUACACUGGAAAGCAUAGAGAUCCGAAUCAGAAAAUAUGUUAUUAAAUAAGACCGACUGCGAGAGAAGCACAGGUAGUCAGCCGCAGUCAGUGAUUGUAUUAAAAUUACAGAGAGAAGAACAAAUUACUACUAGUACUUACUACUCAAUACUUUCUCCUUGUCGCUCAUCUUCUUUUCUCGCCACUAUUUGGCCCGUGAAUAAAAAUUUGCCUACCUGAAAAUCAGCGCUGGUCAAAAAGGAAGUGUGUUUUUAUUGCCCGUGAACAACAGAAUGUGGCUAUUAGUCGAGCCUCUUUUACAUCAACAUCUUCAAUCGAGUAAAGAGAAGAAAAAUGCUGCAGGAAAUAGCUGGGCAGAUAAUAGCUAGCGAGCGAUUGAUGUUGCAAAUUAUAAAGUAUAUCGGGCUACAUACACAUAGUUAAGGAACAUAUAGAGAGUCAAUUGAUAUAUUUCAGCUAACUUACCACCACCUUGUUGUUCCUAAUUUAGUGCGGAAGUAUCCUUCUUUUCGUUGGGUUUAUUUUUUUUCGGAUUACUACGGUUGCGAUUCAACUAACCUGGGCUUUUUAUUCAUAGGCAGGAAAAAACUCGAGCCUUUUAGGUUAUUUUCCAACGGGUAUUCGCUUGAACUUGACAGUAGUAUUAUAAUGGUCAGCAUUUCUUGUUUUCAUUAAAUAACUGGUCCCAAAAGAGUUUCGAGCUAUCGCUACCCGAUUGGAAUCGGAUUGGAAAUUUCUGUUUGUUAUUUUGUGCCGAUCGAUUCAGAAGACCAGUCAGUAAAAAGAUCUCAGAUUAGCAAAGUGGUCUAAAUCGGUUCCGAAUUGAAUAGCGAGAUUAAAAAUACGUCAAAUUAUCCGAGCCCGCUUUAUCUUAAUGGUAAUAUACGAUGGCAUCAGCAGGCGACUCAGAACUAAAAUUAACCAAUAAUUCAUCCCUCGAAAAUAGCAGAGAGUUUAUAAACUCUGAUCUCAUCAUUGCAAACCAUUGCAACUUGAAAUUGAGUCCUCUCUCAAACCUGUCGAACUCAACUGAAAUUUUACCAUCCAAAUCCAAUUAUCGACCGGACGACAGCUGCGAGCUGAAAUUGAGUCUGGAAAAUCUGCCGGAUUGCAGCGUCACUUCUGAGCAAGACACGAACAAUCGCACAGAGCACAAAUCGGAGAGUAGCAAAAGCGGCGAGAGCUUUGAAUCUUCUUCUAAUUGUGAAUCUUCCUGUCAAGACGAAUCAGCAGUUGUCAUGACUGAGCAAGAACCCUCAACUCCCGGCUCGAAAUCAUCAGUUGAAAAGCAAUCGCAUUUGAAUGGAAAAAGCGAGGACAGGUUCCGAAAAUUGUCCCGAGAUAGUGCAAUUAAAUCGUUCAACGAGGAAUUGACAGUAGAGCUACCUGUACAUGAUUUGGUGGCGGCUCCUGGAAAGGUAUCUGGAUGUAGUUCCUCGUUUGGAACACCUCUGGCAACAUCCUCCCCCUCUUUCUCACAACUGCAGAGCGCCUCGCCUCACGUGGUUUCUCUAGUCGCCAGCAGUUGCAAAGUAUCCAGUGCAAGUCCAGUGAGCUUCGUCUGCGAGGAUGGCGAGGACCAAGACUCAGUCACAAACUGGAGCAUGACUUCACUCGAGGCGAUUGAGGCCGCUGUGUGCUUUCAGCCGAAAGCUCUUUCAGCCUCCCCUAAUCACUAUAAUAGCCAUCAAACUACUGUUCCUCAGCAAUCUGCAAGCAAUGAAUCUCAAAUUACAUCUACGUGUAACAAUUUAAGUCAAGAGAACUUGAAAAUGCACAAUCAACACCCGACGUCGUUGUUGCUACCGGCUACAAUUUCCUUCAACGAUAAUGUAGUGUCUAAUAAUGGCAAGUCACAGUCCGGGAAACGUGACCUGGAACAUGCCUCGUUUGAUUCGGAUUUAAGCUACGAGCAGUCGGUUGAACCCAAGAAGGCCAAGAGUGACGUGAUUGACAUGGGGGAUUCAAAAGAGACAAGGUGUUGCGAGGAAGAGGCGCUGGCGCCUUCGAUAGUGGUGACGAGUCCCUCAACCUCCCAGUCUCAGCAGUCGAGUUCCUGCAGUCCAACGACAACCUCUACUUCUUCUAACUCUGAAGACACGGAUAGUGGAGUUGGUUGCAGUAACGAUGAAAUGCUGAAUGACUUCAUCGAUGACUCCUUACAAGGCGAGAAGAAGUGUGUGGAUGAGAGUGAAAUGGGAGUUUGUGACGGUAUUGGGGGUGGUAGUCGGGAUGUGAGAAUGGGGGUGGGCGCAACGAGUAAGAACAGUAAACAUAACGUGGACAGAACCUUCCGACCAGUGCGCAAGAGGAGCAUCCACUUUGGAAACGUCACUGUCUACUACUUCUCCAGGGCACAGGGCUUCACUUGUGUCCCUGCACAGGGCGGAUCAACUCUAGGAAUGUCUCCACAACACGAAGCAGUUGAGCAGUACUCGUUCUCCGACUACAAGAGUGUGCGACACUGCCGGAAGCGACAACUACUUAAGGACAGAACAGCGCUCAAGUUCCAUAACCACCAUCAGCACCAUCACAACCACCAAACACAACACCACCUUAAUCAGAUCAAUCAACUGAACCAGAACCCCUUAGUCAAGUCCACGCCCCUCCCUCACUCACCCCCGGCUUCUGUAGUCUCCUCUGAAACAGGCCCAGAUGCCGAACAGAAUAUCUCUAGCACAACAACAACAGCCUCUAACGAUUCAAAAAGCAGUACAGCAACACCAAUGAAGGAACCAACGACAACUAGUUACAGUAGUAGUAAUACUGGUAGUACAGGCUUAAUUACACCAGAAAGCAGUACUGUUGUUGCACAAGCAUCUAAAGUUAGCAAUAACUCUUCUUCGAAAUCUGAAAGGACCGAGCAAACUACUGAUGUGAACCUGGAUGAACAAGAUUCAACUGUAAAAUCAGAGAGCUCUGAAAAAACAGCUGAAAUGUGUUCGAGUUUGCAAAGAGAUGAUGUAAUUAGCAGAGAUGACACGCCAGAAAGUUUGAGGCUCGUAGGUGAUCAAAGUUCAACCAAGCAGUUCAUUACGUCAUGUGGUCUGGAAUCGAACUUGCAAGAACACGAAGCGUGUCUAGACGCAGACGAGGCACAGCUGGAAGCGCAAUUCGAGACCAAUUGUUUGACCCCCGCAGACUAUGACAACAUGACCUCGGAGGAGAUCGAUGACUCAUUCUGCCUAGAGGUAGUGCCACUGAAGAAGCGCAGGAAAUUGCUGAAGGAAAGUGGCAUAGACCAAAUAGAUGUGAGCGAGCACAAAGAGUGCGAGUGGAUCCGAGUGUCGCGCGAGGACUGCGGCUGCAACUGUCGCGUGGUGUGUGACCCCAGAACGUGUCUGUGUGCCAUAAAUGGAAUCAAAUGUCAAGUGGACAGACAGAGUUACCCGUGUGGCUGCACGAAACAGGGAUGUGGAAAUGCCUCGGGAAGGAUCGAGUUCAAUCUGUACAGAGUACGCACUCACUUUUUCUACACUCUUCUGAGGCUGCAGCAGCACCGCAAUAAUAGCGUGGAACCCCACACGCAACUCUCGAGUGCCAAUAGCAGAAAUAUUCUGGCGAAGAACUUGCAGAACUGCUCAUCCAAUUCGAGCGACGAAGAAGAAGAUGACGACGAUGAGUUGACUGACAGUAAAGAGUUAAGAUGUGGAUCGCCUGAUUCGUUUGAUGAAAACGAAGACGAGCGACAUAGCGAGGACUCUUCGAGCAUAAUCGGCGAAAGAGGCGAGUGCUCGAAUUACUGUUGUCUGGGAGUGGCUAGUCGCACCACGACGUACCCUGACGAAUCCCACGCACGCAUGAUGCAGCAAUACUACUGUGCAAAUGGUCUAAACUUCAAUCACCAGCAAACAUCGGGAGGAACUGCAACAUCUAGUCACUGCCCAACGAAUCCAAAUUUAGCACACAGUUCUAGUUAUGACCAAACCUACGAUCAACAGUCGAAAAGCUUAGACUGUGUUCUGCCGAUGACGGGAUCCGAAGGAAUAGGAGCCAUGGCCCAGUCGAGCUAUCAAAACACGUACUCAAACCUGCCAGUAUGUUCGGAUGAAGUUAUGCGCAAUGAACGAGGUUACGACCAGAAAGGCGAGAGCUACAGCACUGCAAAGUGUCAUCUGCGAACAGAAGUUGGCAAAACGGGAUCGUCGUCUGUAGUGAAUAUCGACGUACAAAAUGACGGCGUAAUGACCGAGGAUGACACGGAAACGAACGAAGAUUCCGAUUACAUAGUCGAAACUGAAGAAGAUAAUUUUGAAGUCGUUGUUGACAGUCCAGAACAUCAAAGUUUUGCAAAUGGGACGACCAGCUACCAAUCCAGCUCUUUCCAAAACUCUUCUGUUGCGAAUUCUUACUACAAUUCCUCUUACGGCAAUUGCCAUUCUGGUGAUUAUCAACUAGCACAUCAUGUUUCUGAAGGAAUGGGGAAUCAUAAAAAUAUGAGCGUGAGCGGGGCAGACAAUUACCCCAUGUCCAACUUCCAGACGAGGUACCACGACCACACAGGAAAUAUUGCAACUCCUGUCCAGUCUCUGAAUCACGCGGAACACUUUUUGAACUCGGGUAACACUCACGUGACUGCUAAUGAAAACCACGCGGGAUCCCACCUGACUAAUAACAUGUACCAUCCGCCAUUGACAUCUCACAAUUUGUAUGGACAAAACCAUCACGCCAACACUAAUGUGUCUGGAUAUUCAGACUACGUCCAAAGUUCGACCCCUUACACUUCCCAGAAUCACCUCCACAAUCAUUAUCAAGCAGACCCUAGAUGGUACCAAGGUCAAAACGAAUGCCAAAUGUACCCUGAAGUUAGUCACACGUCCUACAUGAAGAAUGGGUUUAGUUCACAGCCAACAGGAGAAGUAGACUCUAAGAAUGCGGAGGAAGGAACGGAAGCCGCAGAAAAGUCUUGCAGAGAGAAUCUUGAGGAGGAAGUUGAGAGUAAAGAAGAUGCUUGCAGUAAAGAGUUCUCGAAGUCAGCGAGUAGUGACCUUGCUUUACCAGAAUUGACGUCUUCAAAUAAUGGAGGUUUUGAAAACCAGCCAAACGGAGACUGUCAAAAUGAGGAAAUUCCCCUAGUCCCAAAAGUAACGGAGCACGUGAAUUAGAUCUCGAAAAACUAGAUUAAACCAGUUAAAAAACUAUUUUCAUAGUUAGUUGCCGACCUGUGUGUUUGAACUUUUUUCAACGUCAAUUUUUAUGUCGUUUUGCAGUAUCGAAAUCUGAAUUAUUUAAUUAAAAUAGCGAUAUUUAUAAAAUAUCUAAUUGUCACAUUUUAAAGGUUCGUCGACCAGGCUCGACAUUAUUUCUGCUAUGUUCUUUUUCUAUCCUUCGGUUUGUAAUUAAAUAUUGCAAGAGUAAAUUUGAUCACUUUACUCUUUUAUUCGUACACUUGCCUAUUUUUCCGAUCGAUAGUUAUGGAAUUCAAUCGGACAAAAUUAAUUAAUUUAAAUUUGAAUUUUGACGUAUUCUUGGUCAAAAUCUACUCGUUGAAUGUUUAUUUUUCUGGAUUUUAAUCUUAACUGUCGUGAAUUCAGAAGUUUGUUGACUUUGCAGUUCUAUUUGUUUCCUAUCAAUUUUUACAGUGUUAAUUCUUCAAUUAAUUCUUAUGGCGUAUUAUUUCAACCUCGGAAAAUUCUCCCGUCCUCUUAUAGUGACUUUUUGGGAGAAUUUUUUGUCUUCUUGCAUCCCCAUAUAGUUGUAGUUUCAAAUUAAGUUAGUGUUUAUUAUGUCGCUCCCUACAGAAUUAGUUUAAAGCUAAUUUAUAACUAAUUAUAAUACUAUUUGAUAGAUUUAUAAUUUUAUCGAUAACAUGUUUUCUGUAAAUAAGAUGAAUUAAUUCAAUUU